GUCACUUGGAUGAAAUUCAUUUCUGCCUUUUCUCUUGGAGCCUCUUUGGUGAUACAGACUAGGAAAGGCCAACUGUUCCCCAAUUGGGGGACCAAUUACUUCCAUCAGAAUCACCUCUGAGAAGAGACACAGAAAUAACUCAAGGCCACAUUUUAACAGAGAACGUACUUCACACACUUCCAGGAUGAGUGAGCAGGAAGUCACUUAUGCAACUGUGAGAUUUCAUAAGUCUUCAGGGUUGCAGAACCAAGUGAGGCUAGAUGAGACUCAAGGGCCCAGAGAAGCUAGCCACAAAGAGUGUUCAGUCUCCUGGCAUCUUAUUGUGAUACCUCUUGGAAUCCUCUGUUCCAUUCUGCUGGUAACUGUGGCAGUGUUAGUGACACACAUUUUUCAGUAUAGUAAAGAAAAACAUGAACUGCAGGAAACUCUAAACAACCUCAACCAUAACUACAGCUCCAUGAAAAAUGAAAGCUAUUUAAACAAAGGAAUGCUGAGAAAUAAGUCUAUAGAAUGUAAUUCUUACAAAAAUCUUCUGGACACCUUCAAGAGACAACAGAACAGAUGCCACAUGGAAGCCAAGGUUAUUUUAGAUUGCUUACAGCACAGAGAGGUCCCUUCAGCUCCUUAUUACUCCAGGCAAUUACUGGAUAGGAUUGUCAUAUGAUAAAGAAAAAGAGGAACAGGCAUGGAUUGACAGUGGCCCAUCUAAACUUGCCUUGAACAUAACGAAAGCCAAUGUAAAUCGUGAAAGAUGUAUGUUCUUAUCUAAAACAAGAUUAGAAAAGAGUAAAUGUGAAGAUUCCUACCACUGUAUUUGUGAGAAGAGACUGACUGGAUAAAUUCCCUGAUUGACUCUCCAACAAGAUUUUCAGGACUUAGUACAUUGUGUAAACAGAGAGAUGAGCUGGAAGAGGUUGGAAAUGUUCUCUGGAAUCUGAUGUGACAGAGCAGAGGCUUCUUACUUCCUGGUGGAAGUGGGACAAAUCUCUGGUACAUGGACACACUCUGCCCUAAAGCUUCCAAGACUCUCCUCUUUCUGCUUUCCUGAACUGUUAUGGAAUCUAAUAAAGCACCCCAAUAAACACCCUGAGUAUUUCAUUA